AUGAACAGCCCUUCGAAAGGUAAACCCGAAGCAGUGCUCAAACAGAAACGAAUCGGGCGUGAUAUAAGACGGCUAUCCCGCCGCGAGAAACGACGCCGCACGCGAGACGUGACUGGCGUCUCGGCGCUUAUGUACGCCGCACAACAGGGAGACGUCAACGUCGUAAGGAAGCUUAUCGGGGUUGAGGAAUCAUCUUUGUUUCAACGAGACCGUACAGGAAGAACUGCUCUUCACUACACCACCAAUAGUGGCAGUCGUUGUGCAUCACAAGCAGCAGACCUAAUGGUCAUGGCUGCACCAGAGCUGGUGGACGGAAGAGACGAAGAUGGCUUCACUCCUCUACAUCUAGCUGUGAUUGCCGGGAAUAUGCAGUUGGUUACGUUUCUUUUGGCCAAUGGUGCUAACGUGAAUGCUGUUGAUAAUGAGAAGCACACUGUUGUACAUUGGGCUGCAGAUGUGGACAAGAGAGAACCCUUACUUUGGGCCGCCAGUGCGGGUUCUGCUAAAGCGGUGCUGGCUCUUAUUCGAGCCGGAGCCAAUGUCGAAGCGGCUGAUAAAGACGGUUUGACAGCUUUGCAUUGCGCAGCUUCCAGAGGACACACAGACUGUAUGGAUACUUUGUUGACUUUAUGUGGUGCUUCCGUCGAUAUUAUAGAUACGAAUGGAUGUACAGCAUUACACUAUGCUGUUACUCUUGGUCACGCCGAUGCGACCGCUUUAUUGUUAGCUCACGGGGCCGAUCCAAAUAGACAAGACAGAAAAGGAAGAAGUCCAGCCCAUUGCGGAUGUGCCAAGGGUCAGUUCGAGACAGUUAAACUAAUAGGUUCACAUGGGGCAAACUUAUGGCUUAGAAAUGCUCGAGGCGAUUUUCCCUUACACGAUGCAGCUGCGUCUGGUAGACGAGAGUUGGUGAGGUGGCUCUUGGAGAUAAGACCCAGUCAAGUAAACGCAAGAAACAAUGAUGGUCGAUGCUCUCUACAUAUGGCUGCUCUGAACGAUAAUGCAGAUAUGUGCAAGAUCUUGUUGGAUGCCGGUGCCCAAAUAAAUCCAGUUCUACGAACUUCCAAAAACGUUUUUAUGACACCAUUAGACUGCGCCCUGCAACGAGGAUAUAGAUCUACUGCCAAAUAUUUACAGCUUCAUGGAGGAAUACCAGCUUCUAGACUAAGCGAUCCGACCAAGCCACAAGUUAAUAGUGCCUUAAAUCUGCAAAUUAGGGACGAUGUUACGUUUUAUGGAGAUACGUCAUCUGAAAGUGAAAGAGAACAAGCUGGCGGUAGUAAAAGUGAAGCUAAGACAGUUAGAAAACGGGUUCCUCAUAGUAGACAGGAAAAGAAAAAAGUAUCUGUAUCUGGAAGUGAAUCAGAAAAAACAAAACUUUCACGACAAAAGUCUACCGAAAAACCUGCUACCUCAAAAAGCGAAGACCGAAAAAGAACACCUAGUAGAAUAGACUACAGCAACGAAAUCACUAUCAAUGGAAAAACCGAAGUAAACAUUUCUCAAAGUGGAGAAAUUGUUUUAGAUAAAGAAUCAGUUCAAACGCAAACAUCUGCUAAAUUUGUAGAAAAGGACCGCAGACCUAGAAGCGCCAAGUAUAGUAGACUUAGAGAUAAAUCUGCCCAAUCAUCAUUAAAUAAAGAAACCAUGAUCAGUAUAUCAAGUCAAGCUAGUGUUUCUAAAAUAGAUCAUAGUACCAGCACCUCUGAAGAAGCAAUCGAUACUGCAAAGGAAGGUAAAAAAAUAGUAACUCAAGCUGAAUUUUCUUCGCCUGAAAAAGAUAUCGCUGAUGAGCCCAAACAAUCUUCGGGUCCAAUGCAAGAUCAACACUCAUUGAUGUCAUAUACAAGUGAAGAUGUGGAAGAACCAAAAAAGGAAAUAGUAGUUGAAGCGUCUGUACAUCCCCAACCUCAAGUCUCGUCAGAACUAGAAAAAGAAGCACUACAACCAAUUACUCAAAUAACUUCCAAUGUUAGCAUUUUAGUAGAAACUCCAAGAAAAGAAACUGAUAUUGAAAGAGCAAGUAAGGAAGAAAAAAUUGGAGAUAUGGCUGAAAAUGAGCAAAAGAAAGAUGUUAGCGAGCAACUUGAGAAGUCAGAUCUUACUGCGACAGAUGGCAAACAAAAAGAAGGGACAGGCACAAACGGCAAAGAUUUGGUUCUAGAAUUACCACAAGAAAUCGAGGUGACACAAAGUGAUAUAAAGAUAGAAGAUGAAUCUCAGCCACCUUCUGGAGAUUUUGCACCACAAACAAACGGAACUGAGGGUGAUAGUCAACAAAUUAGUAAAAAAAUUGAAGGUGAUACAGAUAUUCAUAAAGGGGCAGCUCAAAAUGAACAAGUAGAUUUUCCAUUACAAGCAGUAUCGGAUCAGACAGAUAUUCAAGGAUCAAAUAAACAAGAAAAACAAGAAGUAAUAUCGACAGAUCCACCCGAAACUGUUCAUGAAAAAGAUUUAACCGAAAUCGAAAAACAAAUUAAAGUAGAUGAACAAGCAUCUCCAGUAACUAAAUUAGAUGAAAAAUUAGAUGAUCAAACACAUGUAUCCUCAGAGCAGAAAGAUAUGUUAAAAGAAUCUAAGAAGAAAUCUGACGAGCAUUCCUCUAAAUCUGAAGAAACAGGUUUGAAAAAGAACGGAAAAACAGAUCAAAAGAAGAGAAUUAAAGAUAAAACUGCAACAGAAGAAAAAUCUAAAAGUCGAAAAAUUGAGAAGAGCGAAACUCAGUCUAAAGUACCUAAAACAAGAAAACAGAAACAAGAAGAGAAUAGCAAGCAUUUAAGUGAUCUGUCAAGCUAUUCAGAGGAUGAGGAUCAUCCUGAAAGAGCUCACAAAAGUUUUCGAGUUUUAACUGACAAAGAAUUGGAUGAAAUAGAUGAUACUAAAAGACGAAAACCUAGACCAAAACGAGAUCUCUCUAUAGAGGAACCUAGAUCAAAGUCUCUUGAAAAUAAAGCUAAGAAAGAUAUGGCAAAACGAAGUAAAAUUCCGUUGUUUAAAAGCAAUCUAUCCAAAAGUGAUAGGCAUUUGAAUGAAUCUUAUAGAGAGACUAAUUUAGACACUCGAAUUCCAUCGUUACCCAACAUCAGGGACGAACGUCUUAUGAUUAGGGAGCCAAUAAGAUGUGAUUCUAACAUGUCAGCUCCCUUGCUUACUUCUAUGCUGAGUGACAAAGACAGAGACAGUAUUUCUGAUUUAGAUGACGAAAAGCGGAACGUUACUAAAAGCAAGAGAUUUGUAAAGAGGCGAUCCAAAACACGAGAAGCUCGAAGUGCUGGAAGUGAUUACGAAAGCAGCAACUUGAUUGACUCGGGGUUUGAACCUAGUCCAAGAAGUACUAGAGUACCAAAAUGGAAGAAUAUGACACAGAGAGGUGUAAAUAUGACUUCGGUGACGCAGAAUAUUCAAACUAAUAUUAGAAGAUAUCACCUGGAAAGGAAGAUAUUCCAACAACUUCUAGAGCUAAAGCGUCACCAAAUACGAGCUGGCCAACACAACGAAGCUGUUCUAGUUAAAAGAGCAAUCGAUGCGUACCACAAAUCCUGCGCAUCCACCAUUGGAGUGGGCCGAUAUAUUGCUGACGACUAUACGUUUAAGAGUUUUGAGAAGUUCCUGUACGAAGCAUUAAGGAAGUUGCAGCGGAAUAAUGCUGAAUAUAUGAGAGGACUACCAGAAACACCAGUCAAUCCUUUGUUAUGUACGAAAAGUACUAACAGAUGUAUGCAUGCUGCACAUGCCUAUACUGGCGUUCCUUGUGCAGCUUACUUGCCCAAAAUGGACCAUCACUCUAUACCCAAGAUAGGUUUCAACUCAGUAGAAUGCAAACCAGGAACUGGAGGAUUCCUACCAACUAUUAACCCAAAGAAGGCUGUCACGUUGGAAUUAACGCACGGAAGUGAUAAGCAAAUCAUAUCUUUGCCAACUAAUAAACUGGAUCAAAACAAGAGGUAUUAUGUCACUUUUACGGUAAAGGGUCACGAUGCGCCCUCUGAUGCAGAUAAUGUGAAUAACAAUAACAACGGGUCAGCUCAUAAGCAUUCUAAAAGCGAUUAG